AUGCCCGUCUUUAGCAAGCUCGCACUCACUGCAAGUGUCUCCCUCUUCGCCGGACUCGCGGUUGCUGCGCCAUGGGACCCUACGGUCAAAUACUCGACGCACCGCGUCCGACAGGUCGCGCCCAGCGAUCAUGUCGAAUCUUACCAUCCUCCCAACAAGUUUGUCACGUAUACAAAUGGCGUAGAGACCCCUCUCAAGAAGCGCGACGGCCCAUUCACGACUAUGGAGGCUUCAGCAGUCUCUUUCCUUGAACAGCAACUCAACAUGGGUACCGACGGUUUCCGUGUUCGUUCUACCGCAUCAACCGAUGUGUCUGGUCACGUUUGGGCUCAACAAAUGAUGAACGGAAUCCCGGUUGCCAACGCCGUAGCAAACGUCGGUUUCAAUAAAGAACAAAACGUAGUUGCAUUCGGCGCCAACUUUCAUGCGACGAGCACUUCGCGAGCCCAAGUUGCGCCCGCAGAGCCUGCUAUUGCCAAGGAAGCUGCAAUCAGCGCUGCUGAGCAAAAACUUGGUGGAAAGCACAAUGGCAGAGAGCCCAGUCUCGAAUACUAUAUUCAAUCGGACGGCAACAUGGCGCUUACCUGGGUCGUUCAAGUACAAACAUCUGGUGGAGAUCAUUGGUACGAGGCAUUCGUGGACGCGUCCAACUCGAACGUGAUUGCCACAAACGACUUUGUGGCGGGUGCAUCGUACAAUGCCGUCGACCCGACAGUGCAAGAUGUCACGCAAGGUUAUUCGACCCACAAAGACCCUAGCGACAAAACUUCUUCACCCAACGGUUGGCAUGUCCUUGGCACGAAGACCACAGAUGAUACGUCUGGCAACAACGCCAUCAGCUACAAGGGCUCAGAGUCUGCCACAACCAAACAGAGCUCUGCAAACCUGGUGUUUGACUACACCUACGACACCACUCAGGAACCGACCGCCGGCCAAAAUGUCGACGCGGCUCGGGUCAACACCUUUUUCAUUUCCAACACAAUUCAUGACAUCAACUACCGUUACGGCUUUACGGAGCAGACGUUCAACUUCCAAAACGACAACUUUGGCAAAGGUGGUCAAGGCAAUGACCGCAUCCUCAUCUCCGUACAGGAUGAUGGAGGAGUCAACAAUGCCAAUUUCGCGACACCAGCCGACGGAGAGUCUGGCCAGAUGAGAAUGUACAUCUGGGACCGCAGCAAGCCAAACCGGGAUGGUGAUCUCUCCAAUGAUAUUAUUGCUCACGAACAAACUCACGGAACGACAAACCGAAUGACUGGAGGAGGAACCGGCAGGUGCCUACAAACAACUGAAUCCGGUGGAAUGGCGAGUAUUCUGAAUAUUAAGUCAUCUAGCAAGCUGAUUCUUUGUCAGGGCGAGGGCUGGAGUGACGCAUUUGCCGAAUGGCUCGAGCACAAGGAUAGCAGUGUGCCCGACUUCGUUUUAGGGGGUUGGACCUUCAAUAAUCCCGCUGGUAUCCGUUCGCAUCCCUACUCUACGGACCCCAAAGUCAAUCCCUUGACCUAUGCUUCAAUCAAACAACUCGACGAGGUGCACGCGAUUGGUGAAGUCUGGGCGAACAUGCUGCACAACGUCUACGCUGAAUUGGUUGGACAAUUUGGCUGGGCUGAGGAUUCGUAUGUGAACCCGGACUCUGACAAGGGCAACGUCGUAUUCCUCAGGCUCUUCUAUGAUGCCCUCCUCUUGCAGCCAUGCAACCCAACCAUGAUUGAUGCUCGCAACGCCUGGAUGUCCGCUGACAAGAAUCGGUACAGUGGAAAACACACUUGCGCUGUAUGGAAAGCCUUUGCCUCCCGUGGUCUCGGAGCCAAGGCAAAGGCAGGCUACAUCGAGGAUAAUUCUAUGCCAGCAGAAUGCACCAAUGGUGGUGGAAGCGGUGACGACUCGUCGAGCACCCCAGCUCCCGUGCCGACGACCUCCAAGCCGAAUACAUCUACCCGUACGACACGAACUUCGACAGUUCCUACCCAGACCUCGUGCCCGUGGUGGGAUGACUGUUAA